UGUGAUGGUGACUCUUAACAACUUCAUUACGUCAAAUUAGUGAGGUUAAGUAAAUAGGAUUCAUGAGUAUUCACACACAAUAAACACUAUUCUCUUGAUUGUCAACGUGUAUCGUGAGAUUAUAAAAGAGACAACUAAGCUUAACUCUUUCUACAUCAAAAGCUAAUAUGGCUACUAGGGAAGAGAGAGACAAGUAUAGAUCAGUCCUUAACGAUGUAGGAGAGGUCCAAUGGAGGUAUGGUCACCCUCCAGCUUUUGAUCUUGUGAACCAGCUCUUUGAAGAAGGCCAGACAAAGGUUUGGCCAGAAGGAUCCUUGGAAGAGACGGUUCAAAACGCGAUCAAGUCAUGGGAGAUGGAGUUCUCACACAAGAUCCGUUUACAAGACUUCAAGACUAUAAACCCUGAUAAGUUUAAGCUCUUUGUCAAUGGGAGAGAAGGAUUAUCGGCUGAAGAAACACUUAGGCUUGGGAGUUACAAUGCUUUGCUCAAGACCUCUCUGCCUGGAGAGUUUCAGUACUAUAAGCCAGAGGAAGAGAGCUUUGAGUCAUCACAUGACGCCUUUAGAUCUGCUUUACCACGUGGGUUUGCUUUUGAGAUACUUUCUGUGUACUCAGGGCCGCCUAAUAUAGCCUUCAAGUUUAGACACUGGGGAUACUUUGAAGGAGAUUUCAAAGGCCAUGCUCCUACUGGGGAAAUUGUUCAGUUCCUAGGCCUAGGAGUUCUAAAGGUUGAUGAACUGCUUAGAGCAGAGGAGAUUGAGAUUUAUUAUGAUCCAGGAGAGCUGUUCGGGGGACUGCUCAAGGGACCUCCUAUAUUAGAGACCAAAACCACAGACAGUGGAGACAACACUGCAGAGAAACACAGCUGUCCCUUCACACAUUAAUAAACUAGAUGAAUGUUGAUUCUCUGUAUCGCUGGGCCAUACUGGAAAAUAAGGAAAGCAGAAAUGUGGACUCUUUAUAAAAUAUUUAAAAUAUAUUGUAAUAGUCUCUUGGAUAAAUGGAAUGAGCCAUCUAUAUU